UCUACACUCUCAUCUCAUUACUCCUUCAAAACUUACAAAAGAUGCGCAGUUGGAAACUUCUCCUGCUCUGGGCCGCUCUCAUGUUCGCGGCCUUGGGAGUAAAAGUGUCUUUUCCCAUCGCCGCCACCCACCUCCCUCUCGUAUGGACCUUCCUCCUUCUCUGCUUCAAGCCUCCUUACCUCUUCCUCCUUCUCAACACCAUCAUCAUCUCCAUCGUUGCAUCCUCCAGGUUCCACCACUCCAAACCUCAAUCCGAUCCAACUCCUCCGCCACCUCUUCAACCCAAAUCCCUCCUCCAAGAACAAGAAGUGGAAAAGGAAAUAAUCCACCAAGAAAUCACACUCAAGAGAACAGACUCAACGGAGAUUCCAUCGUCCACGGAGAAGCCUCUCGUGUCUGCUAGGUUCACUCACCGGAAAUUCCUUAAAUCCACUUCUGAAGGUGGGAGAGCGUUGAAGGUGGUGGGCAAGGCCAAACGGCACGAAACGUUGGAGAGCACGUGGAAGGCCAUAACGGAAGGUCGAUCCGUGCCAUUGAGCAGACACAUGAAGAAGUGUGACACGUGGCAGAGCCGCGGCAACCUCGCUCCGUCUCUUGAAAACAAGUCCGGCGAGAUCUUCACCGACGUUUCCACCGCCGGGAGGCUGCGGAAAGAGCCGUCGCUGAGUCAAGAAGAGUUGAAUCGGCGCGUGGAAGCGUUCAUACGGAAGUUCAACGAGGAGAUGAGGUUGCAGAGACAAGAAUCCUUAGAACAGUACAUGCAGAUGGUUAGCCGCGGUGCCGCUUAGUCUCAAUGAUUUAAUAUUUUGUUAGUUACAUUUACAGAAAAAGGAAGAAAAAACAGUGUAAAUAGUUGAAUAGGGUAUAGACAGUGAUAGUUUUGCAGUUGAAGAACUGUUUUGUUUUGUUUUGUUUUAUUUUAUUUUAUUUUAUUGGCAUAUAAGUUUAGGGUUGGGUUAGGGUGAUGAUCAUUAUUAUUUUUUGUUUGUUUUGUGGCUAUGUAAGAUCCAUAUCCCAAAUAUGUGGUUCAAGUUAAACAUGAAUUAGAUAGGAUAGAAAUACAGAAAAAACACAUGGGAUUAGAUAUGUUCCUCUUUGUAACUCUGUUGGGGUAUACAAAAUUACUAUAAAUUAAUUUGUAAAUAAAAAUAUUUUAAUUUUGUUUU